AUGCCCCCUUACUCGAGCCCGGUCGUUCCUGUCGUUAGAGAUCUCCGGACUUUGCCGGCCGGCCAUCCCCAGAGUGCCGCGGAACUAGGAGUGCUGCCAACGUCCCCAGACCCUCCCCCUGUAACAAGUGACGACGAGGACGAUGGCGGUAUAUCCUCGGCAUAUCUACGGAGCCCAUCUGCAGGAAACCCUAUCGAAAUUGAUACUUUCAGUAACGUGGAGAGGAACUCCAAUAGUUUCUCACAUGGCUCGCACCGUCCAGGAGAUAGUAUCGAUGACCCGAUUGUCCUCGAUGCUGCAACUACGACACCCAGUCAUACAACUAAUGUUAUAGAUGCUGGUUCGAACAGCCACCAGCAAAAGGAGUGCGACACCGGCGGUGAGCAAUGA